AACUUCCACUGUCACCUCUGGACCGAGAGCAGCAUGUCCUCAGUUCUCACAAGCACCCAUAAGCGCGGAUUAUUAUUCCUCCAUUUAACCGAGGAGAAGACAGGAGCCUAAGCUUUGCGUGCAUGCCGUGAGUCCCAACAGUGGUGUUCGGCUCUGCGAAAGUAACCCACCAGGCUCCUAUGUCCAUGAGAUUCUCCAGCGGGAUUCUUUACCACUAGUGCCACUUGGGAAACACAAGCAACAUGCCUCGUGGCAUCAAAUCAGGAACUGGCGGACAAGGGUCCCAACUCGGUUCUUUGGACACCAAAGUCAGCGCUCAGGAACCGCGGGCCUUUCCAAGUAAAUGUCCGGAAGAGGGGCGCCGCCCUGCAUCUGCUUCGGCAGACUAACGACCACCACAGCUCUGCUGCCCCUUCUGUCGGGGAGAGAUCGCCAGUCUCCGAGGGCUCACGCUGGUGACGCAGGCGCUGCGCCGGAAGUGUGAGCCUUAGGUUCCCGAGCUCCGCUAUGGCGGCUGCGGCUGCACGCUGGAACCAUGUGUGGGUUGGCACCGACACUGGCAUCCUGAAAGGAGUGAACCUUCAGCGCAAACAGGCGGCGAACUUCACAGCGUCAGGACAGCCGCGGCGCGAAGAGGCGGUGAGCGCCCUGUGUUGGGGUGCGGGCGGCGAGACACAGAUCCUGGUGGGCUGUGCCGAUGGGACAGUGAAGCACUUCAGCACCGAGGAAGGCAGGUUCCAGGGCCAGAGGCAAUGUCCUGGAGGGGAGGGCACGUUCCGAGGCCUCGCCCAGGUCGACGGCACCCUCAUCACAUGUGUGGAUUCUGGGAUUCUUCGAGUCUGGCAUGACAAGGACAAGGAGGCAUCCUCUGACCCACUCCUGGAACUGAGGGUGGGCCCUGGGGUAUGUAGGAUGCGCCAAGACCCAGCACGCCCCCACAUCGUUGCCACAGGUGGGAAGGAGAAUGCUCUGAAGGUGUGGGACCUGCAGGGGUCUGAGGAGCCUUUGUUCAGGGCCAAGAAUGUACGGAAUGAUUGGCUCGACCUGCGGGUUCCCAUCUGGGACCAGGACAUACAAUUCCUCCCAGAGUCACAGAAGCUUGUCACCUGUACAGGGUACCACCAGGUCCGUGUCUAUGAUCCAGCCUCCCCUCAGCGCAGGCCAGUCCUUGAGGCCACCUACGGAGAGUACCCACUGACAGCCAUGACCCUGACUCCUGAGGGCAAUUCAGUGAUUGUGGGGAAUACUCAUGGGCAGCUGGCAGAAAUUGACCUUCGACAAGGGCGCCUGCUGGGCUGUCUAAAGGGACUGGCGGGCAGCGUCCGAGGGCUGCAGUGCCACCCUUCAAAGCCCCUACUAGCCUCCUGUGGUUUGGACAGAGUCUUGAGGAUACACAGGAUCCGGAAUCCACGGGGCCUGGAGCAUAAGGUCCCUCAUCUCUUGCAGGUUUAUCUCAAAUCUCAACUGAACUGCCUUCUCCUGUCAGGCAGGGAUAACUGGGAGGAUGAACCGCAAGAGCCUCAAGAGCCCAACAAGGUGCCCUCAGAAGACACAGAGACAGAUGAACUUUGGGCUUCCUUGGAGGCAGCUGCCAAGCGGAAGCUCCCCAAUUGGGAGCAGACCCAAGGCGCUCUCCAAGCCAGACGGAGAAAGAAGAAACGGCCUGGGUCCACCAGCUCCUGAAGAGCUUGUGCUCACUUUGUAAAUAAACACCUUAAAAACGUA